CUCCCCUCUCCCUUCUGCUCUGGUAGGAUCCACAAUGGUACAGCCAGCAUCUUGCAGCACAAUGGUUGCAAGGUGGUGAACUGGGGGAAGAGUGAUUCAGCAUCAGCGAAACCUCGGUUCCGUCCACCUCUGCUUUUUCUUUUUCCGUUCCUCAUCGCUAUUUUUUUUGUUGUGUGUGUGUGUGUGUGGUCUUUUUUUUUCACCCUCUUGGUCAUCUUUUAUGAACGUUUUGUUUUAAAUUAAGAACCUCAGCUAUGGUCACCGCAAUGUUUCCCGUCGGGAUGUUUUGAAAAGGACUGUCACCGGACUGGGAUCGUCAUCAGCUGGCACGGAAUGGUAUUUAUGAGCAGACAUUUCUUAUAUAACUGCAGCCAACCAAUCCUGGAUGUGAAGAUAGCCUUUUGUCAGGUGUGUGUUCCAUACAGGUAAAAAAGGGUUUUGGAAAACAAGUGGAUGUGUCAUAUAUUGCCAAACAUUACAACAUGAGCAAAAGCAAAGUGGACAACCAGUUCUACAGUGUGGAAGUGGGAGACUCCACCUUCACAGUUUUAAAACGUUAUCAGAAUUUAAAGCCCAUUGGCUCCGGAGCUCAGGGAAUUGUCUGUGCGGGCUAUGAUGCUGUCCUGGACAGAAAUGUAGCCAUCAAGAAGCUGAGCAGACCCUUCCAGAACCAGACCCAUGCCAAGAGGGCAUAUCGGGAGUUGGUGCUCAUGAAAUGUGUCAAUCACAAAAAUAUUAUCAGUUUAUUAAAUGUCUUCACACCACAGAAAUCAUUAGAGGAAUUCCAGGAUGUGUACCUAGUGAUGGAGCUGAUGGAUGCCAACUUGUGCCAGGUGAUUCAGAUGGAGCUUGACCACGAGAGAAUGUCCUACCUGCUCUACCAGAUGCUUUGUGGUAUCAAACAUCUGCACUCAGCCGGCAUUAUUCACAGGGACCUCAAACCAAGCAAUAUAGUGGUGAAGUCAGACUGCACCCUGAAGAUCCUGGACUUUGGUCUGGCCAGGACCGCAGGCACCAGCUUCAUGAUGACCCCUUAUGUGGUGACUAGAUACUACAGAGCCCCAGAGGUUAUCCUGGGCAUGGGAUACAAAGAGAACGUGGAUAUAUGGUCGGUGGGGUGCAUUAUGGGAGAAAUGGUGCGCCACAAAAUCCUCUUCCCUGGCCGGGACUACAUUGACCAGUGGAACAAGGUGAUUGAGCAGCUGGGCACACCCUCACCAGAGUUCAUGAAGAAGCUUCAGCCCACAGUGAGGAACUAUGUCGAGAACCGGCCAAAGUAUGCAGGCCUCACCUUUCCCAAGCUCUUCCCCGACUGCCUUUUCCCUGCUGACUCUGAGCACAACAAACUCAAAGCUAGCCAGGCCAGAGACCUGCUGUCUAAGAUGCUAAUCAUCGAUCCCGCUAAACGGAUAUCGGUGGAUGAGGCCUUACAGCACCCCUACAUCAACGUGUGGUAUGAUCCAGCUGAGGUGGAGGCGGCCAGAGAUCUCAUCCAAAUAUCCAUGCCUCCACCUCAAAUCUAUGACAAGCAGCUGGAUGAAAGAGAACACUCCAUUGAUGAAUGGAAAGAACUUAUCUACAAAGAGGUGAUGAACUUUGAGGAGAGAACGAAGAAUGGCGUUGUGAAGGGACAGCCUUCACCUUCAGGUGCAGCCGUGAACAGCAGCGAGAGCCUCCCUCCCUCCUCCUCCAUAAACGACAUCUCCUCCAUGUCCACCGACCAGACCCUGGCAUCAGACACUGACAGCAGCCUGGAGACCUCUGCAGGACCCCUGGGGUGUUGCAGGUGACUAGCGGCCUGCCUGCGCAACCCCAUGUUCUUCCGAAGGUGAAGAACCCACCCCGAAAUGACCAAUGGAAAAUACUUUAAAAAAAGAGUAAAGAUCAAAAUGAAUAUAUUAAGAACAAAAACAUGAGUUAUGGAAACAGAAUCUGAAAUGAUGAAAUCUAAAGCCUGUGCAUUGUCAUUCAAAAACAGCAGUGGUAUUUAAACUGAAAAAUAAAUGAGUAAAUGAGCUGAGAUAUAUGUUAAUGAUCCUCUAGUUGCUUUGCUUAUAUUACCCCACAUAUCUUGUAUAUGGCAUCCAAACAAAAAUGACCAAAUGCUUAGACUUGCAUCUCCUGUAAAGUGCAUAUUGGCCGGCUGCUGGUCUCCCAAAUCCUUACAAAAGCAUUUAUGCUCCAAUCAUUGUGGCAAGGUGGGCUGCCAUUUUGCUCAUCACUACUGUACAAUACAAACUUCAUUCUCCUUUUCCCCUUUAUCCAACCCUUAUGUGACGACACUGCUGUAUUUUAACCUCUAGGCUUUGUCUUAGACGUCCCCACCCAACACAAUCCCCAAUGUAAGGUUGCCUGAUUUGUGUGUUUUUAUGUGGUUAUUCUGCAGGGACAUGUAGUCGCUCUCACGCAGCGCGGCACUCCCUGCACUACUUGUAAAUAAUGUAAUUCUGUACAGCUGAAGGGCACACAGAGUGGGACUGACGGCCAGUACACUGGGAGUUUUUUUUUUUUCUGACUAGCGCACCUUGCCACAUCACUGCUUUCCACCUCAGUUGCCCCUGCCUAUCGCUGUAGUCCUGCAUGGUUAGAUUUAAAACAAUGCUAAUCUCACUGUAUGCUAAAAUGAGUCUUUAUAGAGACUUUUGUUUAUAUACGAUGUAAACUAACUCCAGACAUGGGGGGUCUGGUCACUGGAUAGGACUGUGUGAGUGAGUGAGUGAGUGAGUGAGUGAGUGAGUGUGUGUGUGCGUGUGUGUGUGUGUGUUUGUUAACAACAGGCAAGCCAUUAAGACAUUAGUAAAUGUCAGGGCUGAGUUCGGGACUUAAAGGGUCAGUACACUCAGUAGAGUGAAUUAUUUUGAUUGUGCACAGACUUCUACCUAUAAGGAGUUUAAAAAGUCUGAUUUGUGUGUAAUGUCCCUUUUAUUUCUCCUGGCAGUGUAUGAUCGGUCCCUCCUCCACCCCACGGGCUGGCCCACGGCCCUGCAUGUCAUUGUGUACCAUUAACCCCUCAUAGGCACAGGAAGUUGGUCUGUUUGACUGUGGUGUUACCACACAGAGAGACUAUUCUUAUUUAUUUGAUUGAAACACAGAAGGCUUUUAGAAAGAGAUACAAAUUAUGCAGUUGGUAGUUUAAAGGCGGGCGAUGAGUGUUAACCUCGUGACAUUUUGUUCUGAAGUAAACUCAUGAGCAGUAUACAAAAACUCAUAAAAAAUGAACUGGAUAGAGGACCCCCCAACAGUUAAGUACAUUAUUUCUUAGCAGGAAGAUUUAUUUAUUCAUUAAUUUAUUUUUAUCGAUGGAAACUGAAUAUGGCAAGUGCCUUUUUGGAAUGAAGCAUUGCAAGUGCAGAAAUUAUAUUAUUUUUGGUAUUUUCCCCUCUGCUUCUUCUUUUUCUGCCUUAAAACUAUCCGACUCCCCAAGUGGAAAUGUGGUGGAAACAUUUAAGGAAACUAAAAAGCUGUGUUUGGCCAGAUGUUGGCGCUUUGACUUCAGGUUUCAGCCAGUGACAGUGAGCGUUUGUGGUGUGAAAUGAAAUGGCUUUCGUCAGAUUCUAUGGCUUAAAGUAAUGCUUAUGCUCGUUUUUACACAACAUGAAAGCUUUUCUGCCAUUUUUCAUGUUGAUUUAUUUUAAUUUCUCCUUCAAACUGAUUCUCCAUAAAAUAGUGUGACCACAUUUUCUCAAACUGGGACACUAGCUGACACACAAACACAUGCAUUGUUUGCAUUGAACUUGGCAAAGGCUUGGCAGCUCUUUCUUUUGCUCUCUUUUAAAUUUGAAGAAAGAAACAUUUAAAAAGAUGUACAGUAUGUUUGGAAGACUGGAAUCAGAGGAGAGAAAGUCCUCACCUACAUACAAUAAAGCACCCACAACCAAGGCUAUGAACUAUAUUUUCACUACUCACAACAACAUUUUAGCUGCAGUUGUGAAUGCAAUUCUUGAUUGUAAUUAAAGUGUUACUACAGCUUUCUUUUCACGCUUUAGAUAAAAUACAACUUGAAAACUAAGUAGGUGACCUAUUAGUGUUUUAUUUGUGUAUAUGUUAUUUAUUCUUUGUUAGAAGUGAAUGAGAAAAAGGAAUUCUCAUUUUUCAUGUUCUUGCGCAGGUUUGGUGGGUUUAUGGGCAAAAAGAUCAUAUCUUACAAGCAAAGAAAUUAUUUCUCUUUUAAUAAUUCUGCUGUUGGAUUGACAUUUUAGGACAUGUAAGCUGUGUUUGUGUGAACAUAACAAACAGAUUACUUUAUGCAUAGCAUGCAUAAUAAAUUGGAUUACCUGUCUCAUAGUGUUUUAUCACUCGACAUUCAGGUAAAAUAGAAAAAUACAUAAGGUUUCUAGACAAAGGACCUACUCAAGGAUGCUUUCUCUGUCCCUUAAUGAAGCAAAUGGGGACGUCUGUGUUUGCUUCCAGCACGUCAAAACGCCAUUUACAACAAUUCCUAUGACUAUCACCAUAUUUCUUACUUACGGAAAUUGCAUGGCUCAUACGUCCACUAGUUUAGAGUAAAGGUCCAGUCCCAGUCAUGACAUUUUUAAAACAUCCUCGAGGAGAUGUGGUGACUGCACUGUUUACAUAUUUGUUUCCUAACACGUCAUUUGACAGUAUAACGGUAUCUCUGCUACAGCACAGGGGUUUACUUUUUGCAUGGAGUCUAACUAAAGCACCCAGUCACUGUAUAAUACAAUCCUUCUCCCAGAAUUGUAUACAUAACCUCCAAUAGCCACUUUGUUAACACUCGCUCUGCCUGUGGCUUGUGUACAGUGAACCACACACAGACUUACAGCACGUUCACAGAGCUAAGAGGGUAACUGAGGGCGGCAUCUCCAGAAUAAGCUACGGCUAACUUGGCUUUCUGUUCAGGGUCUGGCCAGGGCAAUCCUUCAAAAACAGGGUGCAACUUUGACAUUUUUUGUGUUUUGAAAAUGUUCACAUGAAUUUCUCACAACGGGGUCCCGUGUUUGAGUCGACUCCUACACCACAAAUACUCACAGUACUGUUGCAGUUAUUCUACAGGGCAUUUUUAACCACCCCAUUACCAUGUCCUGGUCACUGAGUACAAAUACUAAAACCUUUUUUUUUUUUUUUUUUAAUGUCUCUGAAUGUGAUCUUUUUUAUAAGACUUCCCUCCAGACAAUUCUGUUGUAAUAAAAAGGUGCUUGAUUAGGAAGCAGACGUGAUUCUAACACAGAAACAGCUGGGUUGUCGGCACUGAAUGUAGAAAUGAGUUGUUCCACUCACGUCAUUGCUGCUCUGCUUUGUCAUCAGUGUGUGUGUGUGUGUGUGUGUGUGUGUGUUGUGUGUGUGUGUGUGUGUGUGUGUGUGUGUGUGUGUGUGUGUGUGUGUGUGUGUGUGUGUGUGAUUUCAAAUUAACCAGCAUUGAACACAAACUGUCUGUAAGGUUGAAUUGGAAGAUGUGAUUUGGCAUCUGGACAGAUUAUUUAAAGAUCCUUCUUUCAAUACAAGAUCAUGGCGUUUGUGGGAUCGCUUUCCAGAAUGUUUGAUGGGGAGUUGGUACAGUCAUGUGUUUGGAUGUAGUUCAUGUGUAUAUUCACCUUAGAAUUAGAAAUGUGUCAACUACCAAUCCUGCUCCUAUUUUUUGUCACAAGGGACUUAAAAAAACGAUCUCUUGUGGAUUCAGAAUUAGCCAAAUUCAUGUCUUAUUUGUUAUCUGAAGAUGUUUGACUAUUGCCAAUAUGAAAUAUGUGUCACAAGUUAGGAUACAUCUUGUACUCAGCUGUGCCAACAUAAAAUCUUUGGACUCAGUACUUGUGAUCCCCAGUUUAUUGAUUUUCAUUUCUUAUUUUCAAAUCAUAUUGUAAAUAACAACAAUCCAACAAUGCAAUAAACACUUUAUUGCACUCAGACAGGGAGGCAAGCUACUGCAAGGGUCAGGUGAUGCUAAAAUGUUAAGAGUCUUAACUGUGGACUGAAAUGUGGAACUCUACAAUGAUGAAACCCUGUAUAGCUCAUCUGAAUCAGGUGAUGUUGUUCUUUGUUUCUUUUAUGAUUCCUUCUCUCUUGUUUCUUUUACUCCGUGCUGUUUUAAUAAAUCAUUCUUUUUGACAUUGUCAGGUUGAAAAAAGAAAAAAAAGAAAUUGUAUCUGUUUCACGCUGAUCUCAAAGCUUCAGGCUAUAGCGUUUCAAAUAAAGUCAAAACAAAUGCAAAAGAAAAAGAAAAAAAUUACUGAAAGCUGUUACUGUAAACACAACAUUUUAAAGGAACUGUGUAUGUAAAAAUAGUAUAUGUAUGUGAUUGAAAAUAAACAAAACCUUUGAUCUUGGA